GGUCCCCCCACGUUCCUGGGGUGCCACGGCAAGAACAUCCUGCUGUCCAACGGGGCGCGCACGGCCACGCGCGUCUCCAGCUACAACCAGGGCCUGGUGCUGGUGGCGCAGCCCCUCCCCCCCGGGCGGCUCUUCCAGGUUCAGAUCGACGCCCUGAACCCCCAGUGGAGCUCCUCCCUGGCUCUGGGGGUCACCGGGGCCCCCCCCGGCCGCUCCCCCCUCCCGGCGUGCGCCCACGGCCUCAAACGCCCGGCCUGGAUCCUGCAGAGACGCGGCGUGUUCCACAAUUCUAGAAAG